UAUAAGUCUGGAGUGUUAGACGUGAUAAAGAUGGUGAAGUGCAAGAAGGUGAAGCAACAUGGUCGCUUAGGACCAAAGGAGAAACCCAAGUUUGGUGAAAUUUGUAUGCGAAGAAACCUGGGUGUUCUGCGCAGGGUUGUACCAAGUUGUGAAGAGGUGGAUGAUGAGGAAGCCUUGAUUCUCAAGUCAAUUCAGCAUCUCAUGCUUCUCAAAUCUCAGGUUACUUUACUGAGAACGCUAGCUGAUGUUUGUGGAGUCUAAAAGAACGUAAGUUCUCAAGUUUUUUUGUUUUCUGUUUUUGCUUAAAUGUUCUCAAGUUGGUAUGCAUUAUGAUAUAAGAUCUAAACGGAGAAAGAUAAGAAACAGAGGAGAUCAAAUAAACAUGCAAAUUAGUUAACAUUCAACAAUCCAAAUAAACAGAAAUAUUGGGUUUUUGUUGCUUAGGCCAUGGGCUUCACACAUCACAUGUUAUGUUACUUUUGAGUUAUUAUAAGAACAGUAUCGUAAAAAGACCUUUCUAUAACCCAUUAUUUGGGCUCACUAUAAGCCUAAUUACUAACGUGAGUAUCAUGUCAUUAUAAGAACAGUAACGUAAAAAGACCUUUCUAUAAACCUUUUUACGGCAAUUUCAUUUUUUUUUUCAAAACUAU